AUGGUGACAUGUACCGCUGAGACUUCAACUAACACAAUGCGAACAGGGAUGUCGAUAAAAAAAUUCUCGAAACAAGCAGCUCUUGAAUUCGUGAAUGUAAAACGUCAACGUGAUGUUAGUUUGGUUUUUGCAAAUGAAUUUUUAAUGCAUGCUUUCACCCAUUCGGAAUGGCAGCAGUUGUUGGUUGUUAUAACAAGUGAAGAAACAAAAGAAUAUAUGGACAGAAUGAAGUUUCGUGAUGAAUUUUCUACUCAUUAG